GUAGAGCAGUUACCGCCAUAUUACUAGUAACUAUAUUAAAUCUGUAUUUACUGAGCAUACGUACACAAACGAUUUUCUCAUUAUUUUAAAAGAUAGAAAUCAUGGCUGUACAACCAAAUCAACAAUUUAGUAUGGAUCCACCAGCUCAGCAAAGUUUCGUACGAUUUUUUAAAAAUUUACCAGAGAAACUGAAUACCACUGUAAGAUUUUUCAAUAGAUCAGAUUAUUACACAUUACAUGGCAGUGAUGCUCUAUUUGCAGCACAAGAAGUUUUUAAAACCACAGCAGUUUGUAAAAUGAUAGGAGCAGAUCCAUACAAAACUGAGGGUGUUAUUUUAAAUAAAAAUCACUUUGAAUCAUUUAUACGUGAUUUAUUACUAGUGAAGCAAUACAGAAUAGAAGUUUAUGUUAAUCAAGGAUCAGCAAAAAAUCAAAAUUGGGUGCUGGAAUAUACAGGUUCCCCUGGUAAUUUAAGCCAAUUUGAAGAUGUAUUAUUUGGUAAUAAUGAUGUUGCAGUUAAUGUACUUGUAAUAGCAGUGAAAUUAGGAAUGGAUGGAAAAUCUAGAGUUGUUGGUCUAAGCUGCUUGGAUAGCACAGCAACCUCAUUUUCCGUUUGUGAAUUUCAAGAUAACGAGACAUUUUCUAAUCUAGAGUCACUUGUUGUUACACUUGCUCCCAAAGAAUGUUUAUUAAUUCAAGGCGAAGGCAGCUAUGAAUUUCAAACUUUAAAACAAUUAAUGGAACGAAAUAAUGUAAUGAUCACUUUAAGGAAAAAAAGCGAAUUUUCUAGCGAGUCAGUCGUACAGGAUUUAAAUACUUUAAUCAAAUUUAAAAAAGGUCAGCAGCAGAAUGUACAGUCUUUACCUGAAAUCAAUUUUAAUUUUGCUAUGUCAGCUACUGCUGCUCUUAUCAAAUACUUAGAUUUAACAUCAGAUGAAGGGAACUUGAAUCAGUUUAGUAUAGAUCAAAUAGAACAAUCACGGUAUUUAAAAUUGGAUGCAGCUGCUAUAAAAGCACUCAAUAUUGAGCCACGUGUAGAUACUCUUUCUAUUUUAAAUGGAACUGCACCCACAAGUAUUUUAACUCUUUUGGAUAAAUGCAGAACAACUCAGGGACAUAGACUUCUUGCACAAUGGAUCAGACAACCUCUGAAAGAUUUAUCUCUUAUAAAAGAAAGACACGAUAUUGUUGAAGCAUUAGUAAAUGAUAAUGAAUUACGAUCCAAUCUUAGUGAAGAUCAUUUAAGACGUAUACCCGAUUUACAAGUGCUUGCAAAGAAAUUGUCUAAAAAGAAAGCAACAUUACAGGAUUGUUAUAAAAUAUACAUAUGUAUGUUAAAUCUGCCAAGAUUAAUAGAACAGUUUUCCAAUGUAAAUGUAGUAGCCUUAAAAACAAUGUUCAGUGAUCCUUUAACCAAACUUGUUAAUGAUAUGGAUAAAUUUCAACAAAUGGUUGAACAAACAAUUGAUUUAGAAGCUGCUGAAAAAGGAGAUUUUUUAGUACGAUCCGAAUUUGAUGAUGAAUUAAAAGAAUUAAAAAGUAUCAUGGACGAAAUGGAAAAAAAGUUGCAAGCACAAUUGAAUAAAGUUGCCGAUGACUUGUCAAUUGAAGCUGGUAAAACUUUGAAAUUAGAAUCUAAUCAACAAUUUGGUUAUUAUUUUCGAGUCACAUUAAAAGAGGAGAAAGUAUUAAGAAAUAAAAAACAGUAUACUAUUUUGGAUUCUAAUAAAAGCGGUGUACGAUUCCGAAGUAAUAAAUUAAACGAAUUAAAUGACGAGUAUAUCGCUACUAGAGAUAGAUAUACGAUAGAACAAAAAAAAGUUGUAACAGAAAUAGUUGAAAUUGCAGCUGGUUAUAAUAGCCCAGUAAAAGUUAUUGGAAAUACAUUAGCAUGUCUGGAUGUACUUACUGCCUUUGCUUCUGCUGCUAUAAGUGCUAAUAAACCUUACGUUCGUCCUGAAAUGUUACCUAGCGAGGCAGGUGAAUUUAAUCUUGUUCAGGUUCGACAUCCUUGUUUAGAAAAUCUAGAAGGGGUAGAUUAUAUAGCUAACGAUGUCAGCUUCAAAAGAGGAGAAUGUCAUUUCUGUAUUAUAACUGGUCCAAACAUGGGAGGAAAAAGCACCUACAUAAGAUCUGCUGGUGUUACUGCAUUAAUGGCACACAUUGGAAGUUUUGUUCCAUGCGAUGAAGCAAAAAUAUCGUUAUUAGAUUGUAUAUUUGCUCGAGUUGGAGCUGAUGACUGUCAAUUAAAAGGACUUUCUACAUUCAUGAUGGAAAUGAUAGAAACUGCUGCUAUACUAAAAGCAGCAACAUGUAAUUCACUUGUAUUAAUCGACGAAUUAGGCAGAGGAACAUCGACUUAUGAGGGUUGUGGUAUUGCAUGGUCAAUUGCAGAAUAUUUAGCAAAAGAGAUUAAAUGCUAUUGCCUUUUCGCAACGCAUUUUCAUGAAAUCACUAAAUUAGAAGAAGAAGUGUCUGCUGUUAAAAACCAACAUGUUACAGCUCUUGUUAGUGACAAUAAACUAACUUUGUUAUAUAAAGUGAAAACAGGUACAUGUGAUCAAAGUUUUGGAAUAUACGUUGCUAAAAUGGCUAAUUUUCCGCAAAAUGUGAUAGAGUUUGCUAAACGCAAACAAGCAAAACUUGAAGAUUAUCAGGAUUCAAUAUUUAAAGGAUCUGAUGAUCCACAGAAAAAACAAGAAAUCAUCAAGGAAGCAGAGAUACUUAUUGCAGAAUUUCUUAACAAGUGUAAAAAUUUAGAUACAUCUUUAUCUGAGGCAGAUUUAGAAGAUAAAAUUUCAAUAUUUAAGGAAGAGAUUUUAUCUCAUAAAAAUCCCUAUAUAAAAACACUUCUUGCAGCCUUGUAAAUUAAAAUAAGAAAGAACUAAUGAAAAUGACAGUCAGUAUUAUUUAUAAUGGUAUUGUUAAUUUAAGUUUUGAACAGGUACAGUGUUAUUUUUAUGAAUCUUGAAUUAAAUAAUUGAUUUUUGUAUA